AUGCACGCGAGCGAAUACGACUACCUUUUCAAGCUCCUAUUAAUUGGCGAUUCUGGGGUCGGAAAGUCCUGUUUAUUGCUUCGAUUUGCGGACGACACGUACACCGAAAGCUAUAUCUCCACGAUUGGAGUGGACUUCAAGAUCAGGACUAUUGAACUCGAAGGAAAGACGGUUAAACUUCAAAUUUGGGACACUGCUGGUCAAGAGCGCUUCCGAACUAUCACAUCCUCCUACUAUAGGGGUGCUCACGGAAUUAUUGUUGUUUAUGAUGUGACCGACACGGACACAUUCACCAAUGUCAAGCAAUGGCUACAAGAAAUCGACAGAUACGCGUCUGAGGGUGUCAACAAACUCCUCGUGGGUAACAAGUCUGAUUUGACAACGAAGAAAGUUGUCGAAUAUACUGUGGCCAAGGAAUUUGCUGAGCAGCUCGGCAUCCCAUUCCUGGAGACAUCUGCUAAGAAUGCUACCAACGUCGAGCAAGCUUUCUUGACCAUGGCUAAGCAGAUCAAGGACAAGAUGGGCUCGAACACCGCAGGCGGUCCAGCCAAGUCCAACACCAUUACUCCCGGACAAGGAAUCAACCAACAAACCUCAAGCGUUGGAUGUAACGCAGACUUUGAACAACACCAAGAUGGUGUUGCUAGAGUUUGUCCAAGAUGUAACAAUGGUGAGUUGCUCAUGUUUCUGCCUGUUGCUUUAUACCCCUUUCGUUCCUUCCUAUAUCCAAAAAGCAAAUCUGGAUAUGCCCUGUCUGCAAUUGGAACCUUUCCAAGGACCGUGGAGAGCCUCAGAGGGUCGGAGCCCCUUCAAAUUAUCACCCAAAUCCUGGUGGCUACCAGCAACAGCCCGGAUAUGGCAAACCACAAGGCGCUAUGGGUCAUUAUCCCGGACAGGGUCCAGAUCUUGCACAUGAAUUUAUCAAGUUUAUUUGCGAAUAAAUACAAUUCCUUGUAUGAGGAAAGAGGAUCUGAACUUUCAGCAAGUGAAGACAGCUGUGGUCUGACCAUUGUAGAGGUUGACCUUACCUGGGAAAGAUACGGUGCUUGUUGGGGUCUUGGAACCACCACCAGUGACGUUGAGGUUGCCACAUCUAAAUCAAACCUUGUCAGCGAAAGUCUCUUAAAAGUUGGAAUACUCACUCCAUGUAAAGCUGAGCACCAGGGCUCGGUAUUCGACGAAGUAGUCGUCAAUGCCAUUCUCAAAAUUCGAGCAGUGACCAACAACUUUGGAAAUUCAACUGUGGGUAUCGAACCUAGUGAACUCGAAUUCCUAGGAUGGACAGAAGAGGCGGCAUCCGCGUCACCUCGAUUAAAGGAACUCUUUGACGAUUAUAUAGACUCUAGUGAAAAAACCAGAUCCUGCGAUUUAUAG